UAAAUAUAAAUUAUUUAAAAAAUAUUAAUAUUGUGAAAAUAUAAAUAGAAGCAAAUCUAAGCUGAAAUAUAUUAGGAAAAAAAAAUUGUUUAAAAAAAAGCGGCAAAAAUAUGUCACAUAUUCACAGUGACACGAAGACACCACAACUUCGCUUGAUAAGAGGACAUGUGUCCAUCCCAUGAACACGUUAACCCCUUCUAAAAUACGUACAUAUCAUUAUUUGUACCCCCAUCAACUGCCUUAAACAUUUUAUGUACUUAAACAACAGUCUCUUACAGUUAAUUUAAACACUACAAAAACAAACAUACUCCAUUAUUCCAACCAUUUCUAUAUUUUACGGGAGAAAUAUGGCGGAUUUUAAGUGGUCAAAAGCGGUGGUAAAAGUAGUCCUACUGGUGGUGGUGGCGGCGGCGACAGUGGUGAUAGUCGAUAGCAACUCUAGCGUAGCGUAUGGAGGGAAAACCGCGGCGGUGGAUAAGAUAGAAGGGAAUCCAAAAGCAGCAAAAGAUGGUAUGGAUCAAGCAGAGUAUGAGGUCUCUGAAGAGGCUGCCCCUUGGACUGAAUGGGCUAAGGAAAAAAUUCAAAAGGGCCUCGGCUUGAAGAAUACGGACACAACCAAUAAAGAUAAUAUCGACCAAGUCGUUACGGAUACUGGAGAACAUAUGUCUGAUGCUGCCAAGGAAGCAUCCGGCGAAACAAAGGAGAAGUGUAAACAAGCAAAGGGUAAGACACAUGAAGCUGCAAAUGAAGCAGCCAAUAAGGCCUCAAAUGUCAAAGAUGCUACUCUUGAGAAGUCCAAAGAAGCUAGGGAUAAAGGAUAUGAACGUGCUAACGAGGCCGCUAACAAGGCUUCAUCAGUAAAGGACUCCGCCACUGAGAAGGCCAAAGAAGUGGGAAACAAGGUCCGAGACAAUGCUGAAGAGGCGUCGAAGAAAACUAGUGAAACAACUCAACAAGCGAAGGACAAAGCAUAUGAAACUGCUAAUGAGGCAGGGAAGAAGGCUUCAAAUGUUAAAGAUGCUACACUUGAGAAGUCCAAAGAAGCAAGGGAUAAAGGAUAUGAGCAAGCUAAUGAGGCUGCUAACAAGGCUUCAUCGUUCAAGGACUCUGCCACUGAUAAGGCUAAAGAAGUGGGAAACAAAGUUCGAGACAAUGCUAAAGAGGCCUCGAAUAAGGCAAGUGAAACGGCUAGGCAAGCAAAGGACAAAGCAUAUAAAACAGCUAGUGAUGCUGCUAAGAAGGCUUCAAAUGUCAAAGAUGCUACUCUUGAGAAAUCCAAAGAAGCCGCUAACAAGGCAUCAUCGUACAAGGACUCUGCCACAGAGAAGGCCCGAGACAACGCUGAAGAGGUAUCAAAUAAGGCAAGUGAAACAACUCGACAAGCCAAGGAAAAAGCCUAUGAAACUGUUAGUGAGGCGGCUAAUAAGGCCGCUUCAAUGAAAGACGCAACCAUCGAGAAGGCUCAAGAUGCAAAGGAAACAAUCCAAGAUGAUGUAGAAUAUGCCUCAAAGAAAGUUAAAAACAAGGCUCAACGAGAAGCAGAAGUAGCAGCCCAAAAGGCUAAGGAGGCCAAGGAUAAUAUAGCCCAAAAGGUUGAGCAAGCAAAGGAAACAUUGUCCCAAACAGAACAAGAUGCGGAGGAGACGGCAAAUAAAUGGGGGACUAAGAUACCCGAGGAGGCGAAGUUCAAGGAGGCCGAGGCGGAAGGAAACUUAAAUUGGGCCAAGGAGAAGGCCAAGGAAGGGUAUGAUAGUGCCAAAAAGAAAGCUACUGAUAGUUUGGAUGGCGCCAAGGGUGAGGGCCAGGAUACGAUGUCGCAAGGCCGUGGUGAGGAGCUUUGAUUGCUUAGCGUUUAAUUUGUUGCUUGUGUUAUAGUAAUCUUUCUAAUUGGUUAGUGAUGGUUUUUUUGGAGAUCUUUUGAUUCUCUUUACAAAAUAUAAACGUUAGUUUAUUAUGAAAUUGUUCUUCCCUUAAUUGUUAUGAUAUGUAAGGAUUAUGCAGCAAUUUGGUAAAGUAAUUUGAUAAAGUUAACAUACUAA